UGAUAUUUUGUCAACAAAUCUCUUCGGGAACGCAUUGCCGCUCUUCCUCUUUCUUAGCUGUUCCUGUCACUGUGUUAUCUCCUCCAAAAUGUCGCACCGGGAGUCAUCGCACCUGGAGCCAGCUGCUCGCAUUAAACUCCUGUGCUCGCAGGGAGAAUCUAUUGUCGUGGAUCCAAAUAUACCUCUGAGAAGAUACUACCGGUCGGGUCUAGAAAUGGUGAGAAUGGCCAAUGUGUACACGGAAGAAGGAAGUUACGAGAAUGCUUUUAUACUGUACAUGAAGUUUAUGACAUUAUUCCUAGAAAAAAUAGUAAGUCAUCCUGAGUUCCCUGGUCACUCAUCAGUUGAUAAAACCAAUAAUGCUAAAAAGUUAAAGGAAAUCUUGCCUAAGGCUGAGCAGCUUAAAGCUCGUCUUACAGAAAAAUAUCAGAGGGAAUACAGUAUUAUAGUGAAAGAGCAGAAAUUGCAGGAGGAAAGAAUCAAGCAGAAGCAGCUGGAGGAACAGCGUAUCGCUAAGGAGGAGGAGGAGAGGAGAAGAAGGCAGCAUGAGGAAGAGAAACAGAGAAGGAAAGAGAUAGCAGAAGAGGAGCAGAGGAUACGAGAUAUUCAGUCCUUCCACCACAACCACCCAAAAACAGCUUGGGGAGAUAGUCCACCUGCAUAUGAUGCAGUAGAACGUUUAGCUUACCCAACAUCUGAACUUACCAUAGAUGACUAUGGUCAGGAUGAAAGAGUGACGAACACAUCAUCUUUGCCUUCCGUUCCUUCAAGAGAUCUCAAACCUGUAGCUCCAGCUGUCCCAACAGUGGAUCGUAGUAGUAAACCCACAAGCCUCCUUAGCACAAAGAGUGGAGGGUUGCGAGGAGUAUUGGUGCCAGAGGAAUUAAUGUCGAAAUUCAUGGCUUUAGCAGAGUCCAAUACUUUACGGAAUGUUGAGACGUGUGGGGUGUUAGCUGGCAGAUUGGCCCAGAACCAGCUUGUUGUGACACACUUAUUAGUGCCCAAGCAAUGUGGAACAUCAGACUCUUGCACGACCCAGCAGGAGGAGGAACUCUUUGAUUACCAAGACAAGCUGGAUCUCAUCACCAUUGGCUGGAUACAUACACAUCCGACACAGACUGCUUUCCUCUCGAGCGUUGACCUCCACACGCACUGCUCCUACCAACUUAUGAUGCCCGAGGCUGUGGCCAUUGUAUGUGCCCCUAAAUAUGACGAAACGGGCUACUUCACUCUCACGCCGAAUCAUGGGCUGUCCUUCAUUGCCAAUUGCCAAGAAAAUGGAUUUCAUCCUCACCCCAAGGAACCCCCUUUAUUCCAGACGGCUGAACAUGUGAAACUUGAGAAGAACUCGUCCAUAAAAGUGAUUGAUCUUCGAAACUAAAAUUUGUUUAAAAAAUCUGUAAUAGUAAAUGUGUGGGAAAACUGCUAGCAAUUUAAGCCUUUAUUAUAGAUAUUGUUGUGAAUAAAAAAUAUUUUUAUUUGUUUUUUGUUAAGGCACAGUGUUAUUUAAAUAGGGAUAUUAUAAAGGUUAUAUUAGAUUUAUUACACAGCACCUACUUUGCUUUAAGAUUAUUAGCUUAGAGCCUGUAGAAUGUUUGCUUUAUAUUACAUGCAAAGAGAGUAUAAUUUUUGUAUAUAAAACAAAACUGGAAAGUGUAAUGUAAUUUUUGAAGAAAUCUCUUGAAUUCUUAUUUCUACUUACUUUGAAAAAUGUUGGCAGAUGUAAAGUCAUAUUCUAGUUAUAGUUUAGAACACAUUGCAGAACAAGUUGCCAAAUAGAGUAAUCAUGUGCACGAAAUCUUUAGCUUUGAAAAUUACAGAUGUGUGCAUAUAUUGCAUUGUUAUCAGUUAAUGAAGAGAGUUUUUUCAUGACUUGCUAUGACAUAUAUCCAGAGCCUUGGAUUUACAACUUGGUUGUUACUUAGAAGAAAGAGAGGGAAAAGGGGAAAGAAACAUUAAUAGAUUAAAAGAAAAAGAAAGCAAAUCGCAAAGGAGAAAGUACUUUGUAUUAUAAAAAAGAAAUAGUUUUAAAGAACUGCUUGCACAAUGGUGCCUUGUAUAGAACAGUACAGUGAGAUACUGUUGGUGAUUCUCUCUGUGGUUUACAAAAUGUUAUGCUAUAGAUCAGGAUACAUUCAAAUGUUAAUGUUAUAUUCAUGAACAUUAGGAGUAAGUCAUCUUUCAUUUACAUUUAUGUAUAGCAUUUUUACAGCAUUUACCAUUCAGUGGCCCAGAAAAAAUAAUAAGAGAAAACAUUAAAUGAAGAUCUGUUGAGUUAGAAUGUAAGCUGUCUUGUGCAUUAAAAGUUUUGAAAUGCAUUAAUGAUUUUUGUUUUAUCUAGCAGAAGAUAAUAUAUAGGUUCAGUAUGGAAGAUCAAGAAUGAUUGUGUGAUUGUGUAGACAUACUUACCAUGACUGAACUAAUCUGAUGCUUCUGGUUGAUACUGUAUAGCCAAAACAGAAAACUAAUGUCUGUAACUUUCUCUACACUUGGUAAUUUUGCAUUUUUGUUAUCAUAGUUUCUUUUUUUGGAGAAUAGAUGUUUCAUUCCCCCCAAGAGUCAUUUUUGUUCUGCCUGAUCUAAUAUUUUGUUUUUUUCACUAUCUUUUCCUUUACUUGUGUGAAUACAGCUUUUAUAGUCAUCUUGAGUGAUAACUUGCAUAAUGGAUGGAAUAUUCAUUGGUAAGGGUAUAGCAUCAGUUUAUGGGGAUUUUUUGUUGUUGUUAUUUGAAUUUUCAUUUCACAUCUUGAAUUCCUGUCAAAUGUGUAUGGUUAAGCUGUACAACAAAUAUGAGGGUAAAACACGAAUAGGGAAAACAUAUAAGUCAAAUAAUUUUUGGAAGCAAUAUGAGGAAAGAGACAUUAUAAGCACCUGUUGAUUUACAUAUAGAACUAAAGGAAUAUAAUCAGUUGAAAAUUACACAAUCAAGUAUUGCAGAUAAGCUGUACAUUGUGUGAGAAAUUUAUUUAUACCUUUAGUUCUAACUGGUGUUAUUAUUAUUAUUAUGAUGUUAGGCUGAAGAUGAAAGUGAUGAUAAUUGUUUAGUCAUGAAAUUUUAUUGUGAUUUUGCUCAUGACAAUGAUUAGAAUAUGGCUAUAAUUACGAUUAUUUUAGCUAUUUUGAUUAUAAGGUAAUUGAGGGGAUUAGGCUUUAGUAUGGGAUCCUAGACUAUUGUAAGAAUAUUUAGAUGCAGUUUCCUUACCUAAAUUUUCAAGUGCAAUGAUUUUUAUCUGUCAGUGAAUGGUAGUGUUAGGUACAAGGAGAAAUUUUACAUAUUGCAAGAGAUACUUUAAUGCUUGGUGCACAAAAUAUACUGUGAUUUUGUUUGUAUCUGCAUUUGAUAACUCUUUGAUUUUUAUUUUCAGUGAUUAUUAUAGUUACUGUAAUUACAAUUAUUAUAUAAUUAUAAGUGAUUUUUAAUUUUUUAUGAUUUUUUGUAAUAAAUAAUGAUGAUGGUGAUUUUUAUCAUUAUUGUGGUUAUAAUGGUUAUUAUUUUGAUGAUGACUAUUAUCACUGUCAUCAUUCUUCUUUUAUUAUAUAUAUUAUUAUUAUUUUCAUUAUCACAAUCAUUCCUCGUCUUUUCAUCAUUAUCACUAUCAUUCCUCGUCUUUUCAUCAUUAUCACUAUCAUUAUCAUCACUAUCACCAUUAUAAUCAUCACAGCUCUCAUUAUCAUCCUCAUCAUUAUCAUUGCUAUUAUUAUCCUCAUUGUCAUUUUUAUUAUAAUUAUCAUCUCCCUUUUUAUUAUUAUUACUUUAUUAUUAUUAUUUUUUGUCCUCCCCUAUCCCAUGCCUGUUGUUAUCUCCAUCUGCACCAUCCCCCCUUCUUUCCCCAUAAUCCCUCCUCUCUGGCACGAAUGCUCACAUGACACCCUUCUGUCACAACAGUGUCGUCAGGAUUCUUCCCCCGCGUAAUAUUUUUCCAGAUAGUUCACAUCUUUCCCCCGUUCGCGUGUCUCGUUCCCCGGCCGCUCCUCCUACUUGUCUGACACCCAUCUCUAGCCUUAUGAUGGCUCUUUAACACUGUGUUCCUUUUCCUUCUUCAGAUACAUAGAUACUCUUCAUUUGAUCUCAUUGCCCUUAUUACCUUUUUCACUUUGACUGAUCCCCACUUUACUCCAUUUACUAUCCCUUCUUACUCUUUCACUACCAUGCUAUUCUAUAGAGUUCUAUGACCUUUGACAUCUAACAGAAUUUGUCCUAAUCAUUAUCCAUUUUUAUCAUUUUCGCCACAAUACUUUAACUCAGUGUCGACGGGAAAAUGCUGUGCUCAUUUAUUUAUUUUUUUUUUGGUGAAAUGUCUCUCCAAGUGCUUAGCCACAAAGGAGUCAGUUAACCCAAUCAGCCCAUAUGGCAAGAAUACAUGCCAUGCCCAAUGUAAUACAAGUUUAUUUAUUGUAAUUACACAUAGAUGGUACUACAAGCGCUUAGUCCACCAAGGAGUCGGUUAUUAGUCCUAUGUAUCUCACCUGUUUACUCUUUUCCUCGACUCUUGGAAAGGGUCUUUUGCAUUAUUUCAUUGUCCUAAAUUCUAUCAAUAAUAACAGUAUUGAUGUCAACUGUAUUAAAAGGAAAAACACAUUUCCCCACCAAUUCAAGGAAUGGGGAAAUCAGGAUCAGUCACUAGGACUACUGAUAUUCUCCUUGCUGACUGAGCACAUGUGGAGCCAUCUGUAUGUAACAACAUUCACAAAAGACUACAGGGGACAGCACAUAAAUCCAGGGCAAAAGGGUUAAUAGACCUGAUUUCACCUUUCCUUAAAUUUGCAGGAAAACUUUUUUUUUUUUUUUUUUUUUUUUUUUUUUUUUUUUUUUUACUAAUGCUUAGAAUAUUGAUGGUGUUAUUUUUAUUUUAUACUUUAUAAUUAAUAUAUACUAUAAUUACUAGUAACAGUAAUAUAAGAUAAUGUAAAACAUUUUUGAAAAUCAAGGAAAAGGGUAAACAGGUAAGACAGGCAGUACUCAUAAUUGGCUCAUUGGUGACUUAGUACAAGUGUAGCCCUCUAUGUGUAAAAACAAUUAAUAAAAUAAACUCACAGUGGGCAUGGUAUGUAAGUAUAUGCCAUGCCCAAUGGCUUUGGGUUAACAUUCAUUUGUCUCAACCAUUAAGCAUUAACUACUUACUACUACUACUAUUAUUAUUAUUAUUAUUAUUAUUAUUAUUAUUAUUAUUAUUAUUAUUAUUAUUAUUAUUAUUAUUAUUAUUAUUAUUAUUAUUGUUGUUCUUGUUGUUGUUGGUGUUGUUGUUAUUGUCACUGUCAUUGUCAUUGUCAUUGUCAUUGUCAUUGUCAUUGUCAUUGUCAUUAUUAUUAUUAUUGUUGUUAUUAUUGUUGUUAUCAUUAUUAUUAUUAUUAUUAUUAUUAUUAUUAUUAUUAUUAUUAUUAUUAUUAUUAUUAUUAUUAUUAUUAUUAUUAUUAUUAUUAUUAUUAUUUGAUAGCAAAGAUAAUCAUGGUUUUCAAUAACUUUUUCAUUUAUGGAGUGAUUCUCAACAGUAUGUUUUUUGUUAAAUGAAAGCAUCCCAGUGAAACUCUUAAGUAAAUAUAUUUGAAAAAUGAUUUCCUUCACUUGGGUUGUGUAUGAUUUGCUGUAGCAUAGAUAUAAAUUGGUGUAAAUUGGUGUAAAUGUGAAGUUUGUUCCUCCUGUGUUAUUAUUUGUUAAUAUACUUUUGAGAAAAUAAGAUAUAUCUGCCAAAGUUGAAAUAAAGGUAGUAAGCAUC